UUCUGUCAGUCAGCAACUUGAAGGAUGCACCCAGGAAGGAUGCUCCAGGAGCAGAGGAGCUGCACGCAAACCCCUUCUGUGCAGCUCCCACUCACUCAGAGCAAGGGUUGGGCAGACGGCCUGUGCCAAGUGAGGCAGAGUCACAUCGCGGCCUUGGCGUGUUUCUGCAAGAACUGAUUGCUGCAAUGAAUGGCACCCUUGUUGUCAAGAGAGCUCCUCCUGACACAUUUUGCUCUGCCCCAUCAGUAAUCUCAUGUGUGGAGCUCUUUGUCCCCUGCUGUCCCACCACAGAUAAGGAUCCCCAGUUCUCACACAGCCGCCUCUCAUGUCUGCGCCAGGAGGGGGAUCUGUGCCUGGGCUGUGAGCAGAAAUGCAAAUCCUCUUUUCUGAUGUCUGGAAGUAACCAGCGGUGUGGGCUGACUGUAUUGUCUGAGUUUUGGAAUCGUGCUUUUUAAGGCAGGAUGCAAGGUGUGUGGGGAGAAAGGCUGAUUUUACCGAAGCAAGGGAUGUGUCUGGAUGGUGCCCUGGGAUCGGAUGGGUGUGUAUGGCACACAAGAGAACACAGGCACAGAUAUACGUUCUUGGGCCAGCACUGAGAUGAUGGAGCUACCUGGAGAACGUUAUUUUGAUGGCAGGUUCUGGAGAAAUGUGGGCUGGCCCAGCGCUUAUGGGCCCAAGUGAUGGCACCAGCAAAGCCAGGUUAAUGUCAGCACAGGUACACGUGUUCUGUGGUCGUGCCUUCAUCCAAAGUGGGGGAGUUCUCUGGCUCCCUAUUUUAGGGUUUUAUGUAACGCCCAGCUUAUAUAAGCCUUUGUCUGUUAACAAAACAGGUGGAGCAUAUCUUGCGUAGAUUUGUCGCUGAAGAAACACUCGUUACUUAACUCUUACUCAAGUGCUCAUUAUAUACUCUAAGAAUAUUUGUUAGUUCCUUUCUAGCUGCCAAUAAUAACGUACCUCCUUGACAACCUGCUAUGGAUGAACGAUAAAACAUGUAAUUCACCCAUUUAAUGAACUACAUCUCAGAAUACAUUAGAAACAAUGCUAUUGAUGUAGACAAGGGAAAACCAAGGCAUCCCCAAACCAUGGCCUCGGGCUGCAUCUUGCUUGCCUUUGGGCAGGGGACAGUUUGGGGGUGCUGGUAGGGGAAGAAGGAUGGUUUGGCCUCACAGGGAGUGGAGGGGCAGCCUGAGAUCCUGGGCUGGAGAGGACUGUGAAAAUUGUUUUUGAAUGAACUGGCUGAGCUCGCUCAAACCUGCCAUUCCUGCUACUGCUCAGCUUUAAAUAGCAAGCCAGCGCACAUCUCCACUUAGCACCAUAUGAGCCGGUUUGCAUUCUCCUUCCCCCGGAUGCUGUUGGCUCACUGAUGCGCCUGGCAUUGCUCGGAGCUCAGAGCAGCGCUGCACAGCACAGCAGCUCCAGGCCUGGCCCUGCGGCCACAUGAGGGCAUCCCGGUACCCGCACGGCCCUGCACAGCCCCAGAGCAAGUUGGAGAGUUUUUUCCGUUUUCAUUCAUUCUUCUCCCUUGAGAGGAAAAAAAAUAUACCCAAACAGCGAGAGCUUUGUUUUUGUUUCCAUGGGAAUUCUGUGAGAAGGGAAGGUGUGAAAGCAAACUGAAAUAUCCUGGCCAAGCACGAUCAUUCUCAGCGCCUGGGCAGCCAUGGAGUCAUCUGACAGCAACCCAACCCGGGGGUCCGCUGUCCCCUGGCCGGGAUGGGGCUGUGGGAGCUGCAGUGCCUCGGGGAGAGCCACAGUGCAGGACUUGGCCAUGAUGAGACAUGACUACAGCUCCCAGGAGGCAGCAUGGCACGGCAGCACGGUGCCUGACUUCCUCUCCUGCCUCUUCCUCCCAGGGGGUGGCAGCCGCUUCCCUGGGAGGAUAUGGGAGGAGGGAAACAGAGCGGAGGAGAACUGCUCUCCCCGCUGCAAGAACGCUGUCUGUGAGGCCUGCAGGAGCUGAUGGCAGCUUUCUCCCACCACGUGCUGCUUGCCUGUCGCUGAGAGCAAGCAGCUGUUGGCACGGCUCUGGGUGCUCUGCUGGCCUCUGCUCCUCCCCUCUCUUCUGUGCUUGGCCACCACAGUGCCCAUGGGUGAGACCAGAGCACAGGGCUUUGUGUAAAAGAAACGAAUCAAUAAAAUCUCCAUUUCUUUUCCUUCAGCUGGAGGGCUGUGUUUGCUAUGCAGCAGCACGGGCUGCCAACAGUGCCCAAAAAGCUCUUCUGCAGAUGUCUCUGUGUACAUUAUGCAUCCCGACUCCUUCUUCGGUGUUUCCUUCUUUUCUUAAAGAGAAGGAAAAACGUGACAAAAUAGCAGCUAAAAAAAUAUAGUAAUAUUAAAAAUAACCAUGACAUUGUCCCUAGCAUUCUAACCCUGGUUUUCCAGAGUCCAGCUACAUGACUCCCUGUGUGACACCACGCCGUGUACUCACCUUGGAUAAGCAUCCUUAUGACAGUGGGAAGUGCCCUUGGAGAGCUGCACAGACGGUUCUGGAGGCCAAAAGUCAGUAAGAGCAGAGAACAAAGGAACCCCCAGCUCCGCCUGCCCUGCAGUCACCCAGCAGCACUGUGUUUCUUCAGUGCUGGAGGUAUUUGACAAGAGUUCCCUCUGCUCGUCUCCAAUGCUUUCCUGAUGCUGAGUGCUACAGAUGCCCAUGCUAUCCCCUCGCCUGAUGCUACCUACAUUCACAGCUCCCCAUGAUGCUGAACGGAGCAGUGUUGGAGCUCAGCACCGACAGGAGCAAUGCUGUUGCAAUGCUGCUGGGAACUCAGCUCAGAUUGGCCAAUCUGAUUUUAGGCGUGAAGGGCAUCACCCAGCUGUUCUCAGUCAGCCACCAGUCAGCCAAGACAGGGGAAACCCACUUCAAACAGGCUGAGCUGAUAAUGGGGCUUUUUAAAAAAUGUAAUAAAUCCUUUAAGGAGGAAAACUGUCUUAACAUCCAUAUUGAAACCUUAGCAUAGGGACUAAAGUGGGAAUGCUGAAUUCCCUGGGACAAAUCACCGUGAUGGCUCUGUGUGGCUGCAGCGAGGGAGGCUGUGGCACUGCAGAGAGGUUUGGGAAUGCUCCCAGCUCCCCAACAUGACUGCCAGAGCAGCUCAGCGUGUAGAGGGUUUUGCUUUUCUAUUUGUCAUUUCAGUGCUUUUCUAUCUGUCCCUUCCCCCUGAAUCUGCUUCUCUGCCUAUUCAAAAGCGCUUUGAGAGUGUGUAUGGGGAGCAGCAUGAAAAAUGCAGCAUUUGCAUACUGCUCAGAUACAGACAGUAUGUGACCAUAAUUAUUAAGUUGUCUCACCCUAAAAACACCGUUACCUGUGUAUUUAACUCGCUGUUAAUUUGCUCUGGCUUUCUCGUUUGCUCCCCUAGCCAGAGGUACCUGCUGGGCAGCCAGCCGGCUUAUUCCAACUGCAGCAACCGAGAGGGCACAAGAGGGGAAGGCGCGUCCUCCCGGCGGAGCUGGGCUCGGUCUUACCUUCAGAAUGCAACAAAUCUCUGCUUCAAAAAAGCAAACUUUCUCCCCCUGCUAAACGAGCGCUCAUCACUUAUUAUUUUUCCCUCGACCGCGGAGCGCCCUGCCCCGCGAUGAGCCACAACCUCCUCCUCCUCCCCCCGCCCCUCCUUCCCUCCCUGCGCUGUCCCACGCCCGCUGCUGUCGGGGAGGGGUUUCCCGCAGCCCGCCCCGCUCGUAGGCUGGCAGCGGCCGGUCCGAGGUUGGGGCCGGCGUUGGGGUGCAGCGGGGCGAGGUGCGGCCCGGCCCUGCCGCUCCGGGACGGGACAGCACAGCCCGGGACGGGACGAGCGCUCACGGCGUCAUGGAGCGGCCGCUGCCCCGGGGGCAGGAGCCACCCUUGGCUCCGACGCCCGCUGAUCUGAGAUGUCCCUGAAGCACGAGGGCCGUGCAGCUGCUUCAGCGCUGAAGAGGAUCGCUGCAGACAUGAGCAACAUCAUCGAGAGCCUGGACACCCGCGAGCUGCAUGUCGACGGGGAGGAGGUCGACUCAGAGGUGCUGAGUGAUCCCAAAGGUGCUGCGUGCAUCCCCUUCUCUGCCAUCUAUCACACCCGUGGAUUCAAGGAGCCGGGCACGCAGACCUACCUGACGGGAUGCCCCGUGCGUGUGCGUGUGCUGGAGGUGGAGCGCUUCACUUCCACCAAGAAGGUCCCAAGCCUCAAUGUGUACACCAUCGAGCUGACCCAUGGGGAGUUCACAUGGCACGUGAAAAGGAAGUUCAGGCACUUCCAAGAGUUCCACCGGGAGCUGCUGCGCUACAAAGCCUUCGUGCGCAUCCCCAUCCCCACCAGGAGCCACACGGUGAGAAGACAAUCCAUCAAGAGGGGAGAGCCACGGCAGAUGCCCAGCCUUCCACACACAGCCGAGAGCACGGUGCGGGAGGAGCAUUUCUCCAGCCGCAGGAAACAGCUGGAAGAUUACCUGACAAAGAUCCUAAAAAUGCCCAUGUACAGGAAUUACCAUGGAACGAUGGAGUUCAUUGGAGUAAGUCAGCUGUCAUUCAUCCACGACCUGGGACCAAAGGGCAUGGAAGGGCUGGUGAUGAAGCGCUCCGGGGGCCACCGCAUACCUGGUCUGAACUGCUGUGGCCAGGGCAGGAUGUGCUACCGCUGGUCCAAGAGGUGGCUGGUGGUGAAGGACUCCUUCCUGCUCUACAUGAAGCCGGACUCAGGGGCCAUUUCCUUCGUCCUGUUGGUGGAUAAGGAAUUCAGCAUCAAGAUAGGCCAGAAAGAAACAGAAACGAAGUACGGCUUGCAGAUAGACAAUCUCUCUAGGUCACUGAUUUUGAAGUGCACCAGCUACAGGCAUGCCCAGUGGUGGAGGCAGGGAAUAGAUGAGUUCAUUCGGAAACAUGGCAAGGACUUCCUCACCGAGCACCGCUUUGGGUCGUACGCGGCCGUGCAGGAGAACACACUGACCAAGUGGUAUGUAAAUGCUAAGUGGUACUUUGAAGAUGUUGCGAAUGCCAUGGAAGCUGCUAAAGAAGAAAUUUUCAUCACAGAUUGGUGGCUGAGCCCAGAAAUCUUCAUGAAGCGGCCCGUUGUUGAAGGGAAUCGCUGGCGGCUGGACUGCAUUCUCAAGCGGAAAGCUCAACAAGGUGUGCGAAUUUUUGUAAUACUGUACAAAGAGGUGGAGCUGGCCUUAGGGAUCAAUAGUGAAUAUAGCAAGAGGACACUCAUGCAUCUCCAUCCAAACAUCAAGGUGAUGAGACACCCCGACCACGUGUCCUCCUCCGUGUACCUCUGGGCUCACCAUGAGAAGCUCGUCAUCGUGGACCAGUCGGUGGCCUUUGUGGGUGGCAUCGACUUGGCAUACGGCAGGUGGGAUGACGAUGAGCAUCGUCUGACCGACGUGGGCAGCGUGAAGCGAAUGGGGGCCAUCAAGUCAGCGUCAAUGGCCAACCUGGCAUCUGCAGCAGAGUCGUCUGAACACAGUGCCCUGCAGUCUCAAGCUUCAUCCCCAGAAAGCCAUUUGUUUCAGAAGAAUGCUGAUGAUAUCCCAGACAUAUCAAAAAUGAAAGGGAUAGGAAAACCCAGGAAGUUUUCAAGGUUCACUAUUUACAAGCAUCUCCAUAGACACGGCAUGCACCAUGCUGACAGCGUCAGCAGCAUAGACAGUGAAUCAAGUUGCUUUAACCCCUUUACGAGUCAAUCAAAUUUAAUUCAGAGUUUAAAGUCCUAUCUGGGAAUGUUCUUCACCUCCACAGUGAAUCCGAAAGGAGUUGGGCAGUUAGAUAAAGGAUCCAUUCGCAGCUUGAAGACAGGUGUGGGAGAGCUGCUUGGGGAAACCAGGUUCUGGCAUGGGAAAGACUAUUGCAACUUUGUCUUUAAAGACUGGGUUCAGCUUGACAAACCUUUUGCUGACUUCAUUGACAGAUACACCACCCCUAGGAUGCCCUGGCAUGACAUCUCCUCUGUGGUGCAUGGCAAAGCAGCACGCGAUGUGGCCCGGCACUUCAUCCAGCGCUGGAACUUCACCAAGAUCAUGAAGCCCAAAUACCGUUCCCUGUCCUACCCAUUCCUGUUGCCAAAAUCUCAGCAAACUGCUAAUGAGCUGAAGUAUCAGGUGCCUGAUGCUGUUCAUGCCACAGUCCAGGUGAUCCGCUCUGCUGCAGACUGGUCAGCUGGCAUCAAGUACCACGAGGAGUCCAUCCACACCGCCUAUGUCAGCGUGAUAGAGAACAGCAAGCACUACAUCUACAUCGAGAACCAGUUUUUUAUUAGCUGUGCUGACGACAAAGUUGUCUGGAACAAGAUUGGCGAUGCGAUUGCUCAGAGGAUUCUUAAAGCUCACAGGGAAAACAAGCGUUACCGAGUGUACGUGGUGAUCCCACUGCUGCCUGGCUUCGAGGGUGACAUCUCGACAGGCGGGGGCAACGCGCUGCAGGCCAUCAUGCACUUCAACUACAGGACCAUGUGCCGAGGAGAAAAUUCAAUCCUGAGCCAGCUGAAGUCAGAAGUUGGAGAUAAGUGGAUCAACUACAUUUCUUUCUGUGGGCUCCGAACGUAUGCAGAGUUGGAAGGAAAACUGGUCACUGAGCUCAUCUAUGUCCACAGCAAGCUGCUGAUUGCCGAUGACAACACGGUCAUAAUCGGCUCUGCCAACAUCAAUGACCGCAGCAUGCUGGGCAAGCGGGACAGCGAAGUAGCCAUCAUUGUGCAGGACACUGAGACUGUGCCCUCGGUGAUGGAUGGGGAGGAGUACAGCGCUGGGCGAUUCGCACAGUCCCUCCGGCUGCGCUGCUUCAGGGUUGUCCUCGGCGGCUCCGAUCUCAAUCCAGACCACCAGGAUCCCGUCUGCGAACGGUUCUUUAAGGAGGUGUGGAUCUCCACGGCAGCUCGCAAUGCCACCAUCUUCGAUAAGGUGUUUCGAUGCCUUCCCAGUGACCAGGUGAAUAAUUUAGCCCAGCUGCGUGACUUCAUCAACAAACCAAUAUUAGCAAAUGAUGAUCCUGUGAAAGCAGCUGAAGAAUUGAAAAAGAUUCGUGGGUUUCUGGUACAAUUCCCCUUCCGUUUCCUGGAGGAAGAGUACUUGCUUCCCUCUGUUGGAACAAAGGAGUCCAUGGUACCCAUGGAGGUUUGGACUUAAGAAGAUGCAGACUGCUUUACGUUUUAAAGUUCGGUUCCCUGGAGACAAGCUAAUGAACAAUAUGUGAUUUCUGAAAGCUGUUCAUUGCUAAGGGAGGCAAGAAAGAUCUCCACCAAGCUAAUGUGCCUUUCUCAAGGAUCUUGGUGGAGGAACUUCAAGCAAAUCAACACUAGAAAGGAGAGGAGCAAAAAGACUCUGAAUUUAUGACAAAUAAGAAGUUUCAACUCAGAAGGAGUUACUUCUUAAGGCACAUUCUGAGCACCUAGAGGAUGCAUGCCACUUCCUAGGAUAGGGAACAAAUCCUAACUGCUGUUGUUACUAUUGCCAGCUGCGUGCUGUCGUCGCACAUGUGCUGUGGUUGUGCUGUGGGAGCCUCCUCAGGCUCUAGGGCACCACAUGGUGGCUCAGCAGAGACCCUCACCUCAUUUUGGGGACUGUCAGAGCCGUUUGAGCAGCUCUGUCACUGCAGGAAGUGCUGCCCAACCAUCACUGCUUGCCAAGCGUGGAUGUUGCAUCUCUUAGUUGGAAACACACAAACAAUCUGUUGUCGGAAUCAGUAUUUUGGUCUCUUCUCCCCUCUAGAGGAGGAAAAAUACUGUUUUUCCUGUGGCUAGAGCAAUCAGCAUUCCUAUGUGCAACAUGGUGCUGUGUGGGAGCUGGCAAAGGGCAGCCUCCAUGGAGCUGAAGGUGCUGGCAAUCGGCAGCUCUCUGGCCUUUACAGAAAUACGGCACAUCACUGUUUAAAAGGCACGUGAAAGCUUUCUCCAAGUUUUAAACUAGAGCCUUAUGUCUCUGGAGCUGAAGGCAGAUGAGGCACUGAGUGUGACAGGGAACAGCUACUCGUAAGCUAGCAUGAGCCAAGCUGAACACUAUGCUCCGCGUACUUCACUCAUGCAAUUAUAUCACAUUCUAUAGGCAGACCUUUCCAUUCCUUUUUUGCUCCCUAUUUAAGAGAAGGUUGAGGCCACGAAGCCAGAGGUGGAGUGUCAGCAGGCUGUGCUCAGACUGAGCAGGCACAUCACUCUGUAGAUGGGGUAAAUGCAAGGAAAGGGGAGAAUUCAGCAAAACCUGUCCUCUGAUCAUCUUUGUUAUUAGACCAGUUUUGAUCCUGAGCUCAGUUGUUCAGAAUACAUCCUUCCAGGAAAAACUCCAUUCCCAAGCUAUUUUGCAUCUCAAUGUGCAGUGAAGCAGCAAUUGGAUCUAACAUCCUUGAGUAGUGCAGCUCCUGGGCUAGGACAUGGCCUGGUAGGUGCCAGCCCAGUCUCUGUGCCAUCCUCUGUCCCACAACAAACUGUGCUUCCUAAUUCCAUGCCCAGCCCCAGCUGCAGCCUUGGGAGAGGAGCUUCCUGUGUCAAACACUAAAAACAUGCUGCAGGAGACACUCAGCUGCAGAGGUGGAAGGCUGAGCUCCUCUUGCACAAGGGCUGGGACUCAGUGAGGUGUGACCCGCGUUGCUCCACAUGCCCAAAGCUGCUCAGUCAAAAGAUCUGUUUUUUAAUUUAGUUCAUUAGCAAGUUUCAUUUUACUUUUCUUAGCUCUUCCAACAAUCUCAUCUGUUUUUAACUGGAAAAGAAUUACAAUGGUCAUCCGCCUAUUCCCAGCCAUGUAGCUGGCAUCACUUUCUAGCUGAUUGUCUGCUGUCUUCAGAACUAUAGAUAGGCACCAGGUCACUCUGCACAGCAUUGCUUGCACAAGAAGUGAACACCAACAUUCCCUGGGCAAAUCACAUUUCAGCCAUGUCCUGCAGUUCUCUCUGCUUUACGCUCUUUUUGUAGGUGGAAUUGCGAAUUUCUCCGUUCUGUUUGGUGUACUCGUGGUCUGAUCAGCCAGGUGGAAGUGCAUGUGCAGUAGUUUCAUGAUAAUCUUUGGUCCAAGAGGUUGAUGCUUUUGGCCAGCAUGCUGCUAGUAGAUAAUUCUGUUCUCUUGUUUUUUAAUCUUGAAAAAAAUCAACCUGGGGUCCCGUCCCUCCCCCCCCCGCCUUGCAGAGCCAGAGCAAGGUGCCAUGCAUCAACUGUUGGCAAUCAGAAAAGAUCAAAGGUGUCUUGUUAUCCUAUGUCAGUGCUGGUUCAGAGCUUUUAUCUCUUGAGAUGUUUUUAGCUGAUUUAGUUGGAACAAAGCUGCUAACUUCAAACAAUGACAGCCUGUCAGAGCCAUUGCAAGUCACAGAGAUUGGCAGUCAUAGUUGAAAAGGCUCAACCCCCACCGCCCGUAUGCAUGAACCAUGGAGAAAUGUAAGGCUGUCAUCUUCCAAGUGCUCUUAUUGUCCCCAUUCUCUUAUUAGCAAAGAUAGUUAUAAUCAUUAAAUUAUAUUGUCCUUAAGGUGGAAGCAAACCAUUAGGGUUUCGUAGCUAUUGGUGUUAGUAGAAAACAGCUCUGCACACCUGAGCAGCAAUGUACACUCCACUCAUCUGCACCAUUUCUGGCCAUACCUGGGCUCUGUGGCUCUGCUCAGAGACAGCUGGAGCUUUAUUUCUUAUAUUAAGAACCCUGUGAGGUUGAUGACCUUGAGAUAGUCAAUAUCUGCAACUGAACAAUCACUACUUCUUAGGCCUUAGUACCAGAGCAGUUUGGCUUUCCAGACCUUCCAACUGCAAAGGAUUGCUCGCAGAUGUACAAUACUGUAACACAGGAUGUGGGUUCAAGCACUAGCAAGCCUGGAAACAUGCACUCUUUCUUGUGACAUUUGCUCAUUAGAACUGAAUGAAAGGGGAGAGGUUUCUCCCAGGCUUAGGCUUUAUUUCGCAGCUUAACCAAGAAUGACAUUUAUUAUUAUUAUUAUUUUUAAUUUAUUCCUUAAUAGAUGCCACUUUGGGAACUCACACUCCUUAUCAUAGCUUCAUGAUUUAAAAAAAAAAUUCUAAUAUUUAAAAAUGUAUGUAUAUUGUUGUAUGGAUGUUGGACUGGAUGAAUGUUUCACAGUAGAAUUGGCAUAUGGUUUAAAAACCUGAGGAAUAAGAUGCCAUCAUAUGCUAAGAAUGUUGCUAACAGUAACGUCAGAGACACCCAGUGCUUUGGUUGCUGGUCUCAGCUUGCAGCUGGGAGGCACAGAUCUGUGCUCUGACUUGUCUGCAGCUGGCCAUUGUGUUCACAGGCACCAGGCUAGCAAGUCCUCAGUGUGAGUUUUUCCAGGCUGACGGUGAUGGUGCACAAUGCCGUUGUUCCUUAAAUCCACGCACAAUCAGACUCGGGCUUGGUGUGCUGUUAUCAUUACAGUGGAACAGUGCCUUUUUGCACUUGUUGCUAGAACUGCCUGGGGAUUUCAGUCUAUACCCAGCAGCUGCAUCUGUGGUCCAUGAGAAGAUAUCUGGAUGGCCUUUUAAAUGAAUGCUUCUUUCUCCUGCUGAAUGUGUGGACACGAGUCUCACUGCCCUGCCCUGGUCCCCCAUUGCUGCUGCUGCUCUGCUCUGCCAGCAGAAGGGACGCUGCAGGAGCUGUGGAUGUUUAAAUGCAUGCUUGUGUUUUGUGGCACUCGUUCUGCAAAAGGUCCCCAGGAGGCACUCCCUGCUGCACAGCUGGGGUCCUGCUGGGAGCAGGAUGGGAGUGAAACCAGGAUCACCGCGCUGUGCCAGUGAAUCAAAGUGGAACACACACUGACUACGUCAGACCACUGAAUGCAGUGAUUCUGUAUGGGUUUUUCUUCUUCUAUUCCUGCCUGCUUUUUUGUUGUAUUUUCAUCUCUUUGAUUAUUCUGUUUUUAACCUCCCGCUGUUCUGUCCUCAGAGUAAAUAAUUCUGAGGUACUGACUUUUUCCUGACAUCCGGGGAAAGAGAAAAACAUUGUCAAAAGUCACAAUUCCUGGAAUGUUUUUUUCUGUAUCGUGUCUCUGGCAAAAGCUGUCCCCUAUGUGAGAGCUCCCACUGUGGGUUGAGCACAGGUCCCACCCCCCUGCCUCCAUGAGCACCCAAUAUCCCUUCUGUGAAGGCUGCUGGAACCGGUUUGUACCCUUGUUUCUGCUGAUUAUUACUUUCCUCUCCACUCUGUGUAUAGUAAAUGAAUGUGUAUUAAAGGACUGAAA